AUGCUGGUCUCCUUGACUGUCGGCAAGGUAGACGCCGGUGUCGCCGUGCUCCUGACCCAGGAUAACCGCCUCAUCGAAUUCCCCUCCGUUCUCCUCCCUAACAACAUCUCCUCCGGCAGCAUCGUCGACAUCACCGUUGCGCGCAACCAUGCCGCUGAGACCGCCAACGCAUCUGCCUUCCAGUCCCUCCAGAAGCGCAUCUUGAAUACCUACGGAGUCAAGACCCCGUCGCCGCCUAUUCUUCGCCUGCGCAAUGCUACCCAGACUUCUCUGGUCCUCGAGUGGGACCCAAUCGACCUGGCAACUGCAUCCCUGAAAUCACUCUCCCUCUACCGUAAUGGCUCCAAGGCGGGCUCGAUACCCCGUCCUCUGGAGACGCGCAGUACCAAGAUUUCCGGCCUGGCGAUUCACUCUGAAUACACUUUCCACCUGGUAUUGCGCACAACGGCUGGUACGUACCAGUCCGAGAAGCUGACGUGUCGGACACACAAAAUGACGGACCUGUCCGGUAUUACUGUUACACCUGGAGUUCUCGAUCCGCAGCGCAAGGAGGCUUUGGGUGUUGCUUUGGAACGCAUUGGCGGCAAGUUGAUCGACUCGGUUCGGAUUGAUACUACACACUUUGUUUGCACCGAGGGUCGGGGCUCGCUGUGGGAGAAGGCCGUUGAGAUGAAUAUUCCGGUCGUCGUUCCGGAGUGGGUGGACGCUUGCGAGUCUGAGGGCACGAUUGUCGGUGUGCGCGGUUACUAUCUCGGUGCAGACCCCAAGGCCCGCCAUCUCAGCACGAUUCACGGCUCUUCCCACCAAAGAACUACCUCCACAAUGUCCACGGCAACACUCGCCAACCAGAGCCGGCCUAGUGAACAACCUCAGUCUCCUCCUCGGCAGAGCCAGAUUCUCGAAGAGCCGCCUCUGACGCCUUUCCCUGGGGAUGAGACCAGCGCCCAACCGCAAGCACAGACAGAAGAAGUUGAUUCGGAAGAUGAAGACGAGGUGCCCCCUCCGCCGCCACCUAAGGACGAGACCGAUGCGGAAGAGGAACCUGCUCAGACGAACGGCCAUACGGAACCCGCGCCUGAGCCAGAAGAGAAGGCCGAGGAACCGGAAGACGAACCAGAGAGCAAGAGAGAGGAACUAAAAGAGACUACACUCCCUCAACACAUGCCUGAAGGAGGCUCCGCACAAUCAGAUGACCAAAGCGCCAAGAGCAAAGGCAAAGAGGGAGAAAGCGACUUUAACGAAGUCCCUCUCUAG